UGUACCUUCCAUCCAAUCUAGACGUCUUUUUGCACUCCGUUGUUUUCUGUCAUUUAUACAACCGUAACUAUGUGGUAAUUAUAUUUUUAAUGUAAAGAAAAAAUAUGUACAGAGACAGUUGUGUAACAAAUCAGUGUUAGAAAACGCAAGGAGUUUAAGUUGUGUUGUUUAAGGCAUAUAAAUCCCAGAAUGGAGCAACCGAGCGUCAUAUCUAUAUAUUUAUGAAAGAACAAUAAGGCAUUGUUCCUUAUGAUCGCUUAGCUGAAUCGUAAUAGUCAAUGUAAGGUGGUCCGCGUCUAGGUAGUAAGGUGGUCAGGUGCGGGGUCGCGGUGCAAUGGAUACGUUGCACGUGGGGCACGGGCACAGCAAGGGGUCGAGUCGCAGUCAGUCGCCGUCCGCGGUUGAUCUGCGCGACCCGGCGGUGGUGACGGAUGACGUCAUCAGGUCGAGGGUACAGUCGCCGUCCACAGCGCACCAUGAGUCGUCACGUCACGGAGAGUCCAGGGCGCACCAUGUCAAAUCCCAUUCCAGAGACCUGGGAAGCAGUCCCCUGUCCAGCAACACCACAGCGAAUAGUUCUAGAGACUUAGAAGAUUCGCCCCAAAAGAAAAAUAUGUCGAAUAUCCUAGCACCUGGAGAUUACGCGUAUGCGGUAUGCAGUCCUAACGUCUCUUAUGCGUUAUCAUCGGCAGAUGAAUACUCACCAGCUUACAGAGGUCAAGAUGGAGAUUAUGUUAGUCAAGAUGACACUGAUAGCAGUACAAACGUAACGUCAUCAAAGGCACAGGCCGCCAUCGCGCACCUGAACAGCAAGAUCGAGAGGACUAAGGACCUCAUACGACUUGAGCAGACAAUACGAGAUGAUAACGUAAACGAGUACCUGAAGCUGGCCGCUAACGCCGACAAGCAGCAAUUGCAGCGCAUCAAGGCGGUGUUCGAGAAGAAGAACCAGAAGAGCGCGAUCUGCAUCGUACAGCUGCAGAAGAAGCUGGAGGGCUACAACAAGAAGAUCAAGAACUGGGAGCAACAUGGAACGAGCGGACAAACUCACAGACAACCCCGAGAAGUGUUACGAGACAUGGGACAGGGACUCAAGAACGUGGGCGGGAACAUUCGCGAUGGCAUCACUGGUCUCGGAGGUAGCGUCAUGUCGGCCCCCAGAGAGUUCGCUCAUCUAUUCUCUCGCUCCAACCGCUUCGGUUCAGCAGACAACAUUGCACAGCUGGCCGAGAACACGGGCCCUUCGAACGCGUCGUCGGAAGGCUCGAGGGCCUCGGAGGCGGGCGAAGGGCGCGGCUCCACGCUACCGCGCGCCGCCACCGCCACCACCAGCGCCGCCUCGCCCGCGCACAAGUACUCGCCCGACGCCUCGCCCUCCUCCUCCGUCACCAGCGAGGGCGCGCCGUAUCCUACGCAACCGGGAUCCAACAUGUCGGAAACCACGUUCAGUAUCAAGCCAAUACUGAACGAGUUGCGAGAAAGGAGGGAGGAGCACGAGCGGUUAGCGGAGAAAAUUGAUGCCCUUAAGAAUUUAUCACAAGAGGUGUCAUUCUUGUCCGCCGCGCUACAGGAGGAGCGCUUCAAGACGGAGCGUCUGGAGGAACAAAUCAAUGAUCUCACCGAGUUGCAUCAAAACGAGGUAGAAAAUUUAAAGCAAGCACUAACGGAUGUCGAGGAAAAAGUACAGUAUCAAAGUGAAGAACGAAUACGAGACAUACACGAAGCGCUCGACCUCUGCCAAACUAAAAUCAGUAAGCUGGAGCAGUGGGCGGCGGGCGGCGGGGGCGCGGGCGGGGCGGGCGGCGCGGGCGGCGAGGCGGGCGGCGCCGCCGCGCUGCCGCCGCGCCUGCUGCUCGUGAAGCUGCUCAACGUGGCCAUCACGCUGCUGCAGCUGGCGCUGCUGCUGGUCGCCACCGUGGCCGGCGUGGCCAUGCCCUUCCUGCGCACCAGAGUACGAAUCCUAACAACAAGUUUAGCAGUGAUGCUCGGAGUAAUGGUCCUCAAACAAUGGCCCGAGGUCACGCAACUGUCCGAACACCUGCUCAGGCGCCUCAAGGAGUAUCUCUUAGAGAAACACCACGACAGGUAUGAGUGCAAGUCGUUGUGUGGUUGAUAUCGUUUCGGCGUUUUAGGAGAUUUGGUGAUAUUGCAAUUUUGUCCUGAUUCGUUUCUAACGAAAUAAAAUUCUAUAGAAGAAAUA